GGUGCCGGUUGUACGGCUCUUCUAGUGGCGGUCGUAUCCAGAAAAUUGGAAUUGACAAGGGCUGAAAAGCAUGUGCACAAUUUUAUGAUGGAUACUCAGUUAACGAAAAGGCUGAAAAAUGCUGCGGCGAAUGUUCUUCGUGAAACUUGGCUCAUUUACAAACAUACAAGACUAGUAAAACGGGUUAAUCCCGGACGUGUAAGAACCCACCAAAGAAAGUUCCUUCUAGCAAUUUAUGCGUUACGUAAAGUUAAAAUGGAUCAACGCAAACUCAUGGAUAAUGCCAAUACAAUAACCGAUAUGGCCAAGACUCAAAACACAGUAUAUGAAAUAAUAUCGGAUAUGUCCAGUCGACAGGAUGCCAUUGAAGAACGUUUGACCAAUCUUGAGGAUAAAUUACAAGCCUUACAAGAUCACAUGGAAAGUUUACCCGAGAUAAUAACAAGAUGUUUGAGCCAACAUCAGGAACGUGUAGAGCAGCGUAAAAAUUUCUUACAUCCAGAUACGGCUGCUGCGCAAUCACUGCAGCCGCCACACACACCGACGCCGAUGUUCAAUGCGCCCUCAAUGCAGUUUCCACAUUCAAGGUGGGUACUAAACGCUUACCAAAACACCAAUUCUGGCAUUGUUUCGCAACAACAACAAAUUCAGCAGCAACAUCCGCAAAUGCAUCUUCUUCUUAAUAACAAUAAUAACAACAACAAUACCACCACCACCACCUCUUCCAAUCACCAAUACCACCACCACCACCAUAUGCUAUCUAGCGACACAUUGCCAUUGAUUCCCUGUAAAAAAUCCUCGAAAUCAUCACCACCCAAUUCACAAAUGCCAUCGACACCACCACCACCACAACCACAACCUGUCUCAUCCCCGCCACCUCCACCACUGCCCAUGCGACACUUUAAUGCAAAUAGAGCAAAUUGA